AUGUCUAGAACCUCAUCUGCAUUGUCCUCAUCCGCCCCAUCGCGUGUAACCUCAAAGUCCCACACAGGAUGGUAUCGAUUCCUCCAUUCGAUACGUUAUAACCAUAUUUUGAUGGGAUUAAUUGCCGUCGCCAUUAUCCUACAAUCUGUUCUUGUGGCUGGUUGCACGAGUGAAAGUCUCAAUAGCAUCUUCAUCUUCUCUCUUACAUAUACGAACGGAGAGGCACAGCAGAAUUCAAAUCCGUCGCAAGUUAACCCGAAUGCCUCGUAUAUUCUCUCUACUCUUGCUGGGAAUGAGACCUCCCUGCAUAUUCGUGCUGGUUAUUUGGGGAUGUGCCUGACCAGCGGUAACGGCUGGAUCUGCUCUAGGCGUUCUGAGCAUCUGGCCAACUUCAUCCUACAAUCCAAAGCUGAAGACCCUCUAAAUUUGAUUUUUGCUGCGGAAAAGUUUAGGUCCGAGGUGGUAUUUGUUGGCCUUUGGUUUGUUUCCAUAGCUUUCUCAUUCAUAUCAUUUUGCAUUUUUUGGGGCCUUCCUGGUUUGAAACGAGAAGAUCUUGUAGAUGAUAGGGGUGAACGUUUAGUGACAGCCAAGAGGAACAUGAUGCCUCUAGUCAUAAUCAUCGUCAUGUGUAUUUCAUCCAUGAUGGCUCUUCUCUCUGGAUUCUGGCAACACAUGGCCGGUGUCGCAGCUUCUACAAUGACCGAUGCCUUCACGUAUGGAGCAGCAAGUGGUGGUUUGGGGGUUGGCGCUAUGGUGCUCGGUUGGAUAUCUUUUUUUCUACUAGCGGUUGCCUUGCUUGGUAUGAUAGUUAUCCUAUUAGCUUAUUAUCUUCUUAACAUGUAG